AUGCAACGGACUAAUGAAGCCAUAGAAAAGAUUAAGGUCAAAAUGCUUGCCUCUCAAAGUAGGCAAAAGAGUGAUGCAGAUCCGAAGCGUAGAAAUGUGGAGUUUCAGGUAGGAGAUCAUGUGUUCCUACGGGUGUCUCCGAUGAAGGGGAUCAAACGUUUCGAGAAAAGAGGCAAAUUAUUCCCUAAGUUUACUGGACCUUUCGAGAUUCUCGAGAAGGUUGGACUAGUGGCAUAUUGUUUAGCUUUCCCUCCAGCUCUAUUAGCAUUUCACGAUGUAUUUCAUGUUUCCAUGUUAUGGAAGUACGUUUUAGAUCCUACUCAUGUGUUAAGUUAUGAGAAUCUUGAGCUACAAUCAGACCUAUCAUACGAAGAGCAACAAGUUCAGAUCUUACACAGAAAAGAUAAGGUUCUUCAGAACAAGACCAUAGUUUCGAUCAAAGUACUCUGGAGAAACAACAAGGUGGAGAAAGCCACCUAG